AGUAUUGGCAUUACUUAGAUCUGUCAAACACAACUAACUAAAGAUGGUGCUACUUUCAGCGGUAGUUGUAAGAUAAAGCGUUUGUUAGGCGAUUUGAUUUGUACGAACAUAAAUUUCGGAAUGUUAUUUUUGUUAUUUAUGUGAUGUACAAGUAUAAAUGCUCUGUUUUGAUCGUACUGAAUAUUUCAAGGAACGUUUGUUUUAACGAUGCAUGUUUUUAAAUGGCGACUGAAGUAAACACGUUAUGCAUGUGAGAAGGAGCAGAUUAUUAAAUUCAGUCAUCCGUCGAAUGCCAGAGUUUGACGAAAUAAGACAUUUUAGUAGUUUUUGAUAGUAGCAAGAUGGCUUCGAACCCCAGUCAGGGAAAAUCGACAAAAUCACCUCAGCAUGAGGAAAUGCAGUCAGCAGACUACCAGCCAUUAGACAAGUCGUCUAGUAAUACAUUAAAGCGGAAUCCAAAAAUGGAGUUAAAUAAAACUGACUUACUGAAGCUAUUGAGUUACCUAGAAGGUGAAUUACAAGCCCGUGAUAUUGUUAUUGCUACAUUGAAGUCUGAAAGAGUGAAGCAGCUACUAAACCAAGGACGUUUCAGGCCAUUGUUCUUCAGUGAUCCUCUAGCAGCGCUGCAGAGGGACAGCUUUGCCGCUGCUGAAGCACGUGUUGAUGAGGCAGAAAUACGUUCAAUAGCUAAUCAUCAGAUGGCCACUUUAGACAAUCUGGUGAUACAACAAAGAAGAUCCCAAAUGCGUCUGGCAAGAAUUCUGCGUGAUGCAGAAGAGCGGCAUCGUAAGGUUGUUCAGGAACUAGAUGAAGAAAAAAGAAAACACGAGCAUGACACUGCACAGGGAGACGAUAUCACCUAUGGGUUGGAACGAGAGAGAACUCGAUUAAAACAGGAACUGGAAUUAGAAAGACAGGCUAAAAAGAAGCAGGAAAAGGAGUUGAAACGGGUGUCCGAUGUUCUCGAGGAAGAGCGAAAUAGGCAAAAACAAAUUGUAUUGCUCUUACUUGCUGAGAGAAAGAAACUAAUCAUGAAGUAUGUGGAGGAACGGAAACGUUCAGAAGAUCUCGCUCAGAUUCUCACAGAAGAAAAGGGAAGAAUCGAUUCAAUGGCUGAAGGAUUAGAAGAAGAGAGUAAGAAGUCUCUCCAAAUGGAGGCUGAACUUGAAAAGCAGCUGGCACAGUUUGAUACAGAAAGACAACAACUGAGAUCUGCCGCGGCAAAGGAAGAAAAACGAGUCAGAGACCUUGAAAUCGAGUUGGAGAAGGCAAAAGCUGAGGCGGAAGCCCUCAAAAAGCAACUCGCUGAAGCGCACCAGGUGGCUAUGUUCCAAGCUGGAACAGCUAGUGUUAGCCCACCGAGAAUGGUACUGCAGCGCCCUGGUGUAGCAGGUACUCCACCACAACCACCAGCAAAGCCUGCAGUAAUUGCUCAGACGUCUUCAAGAUCAGCUCCUGCAACUCAACCAUCCACUGGAGUUCCACUUACUCCUCCAAAAUUAGGCCCGUGGAGUCAGCCUGGAACAGCUCACGUAGAUGGCAGUAUUUCACCACCACCUCCAGCAGCAGGCACACCAAUGAUUAGUUCGGUGGCCAAAGUUGUUCAGCCUACAGCAACUGUCUCGAGUGUGCCUGUGUGUGGACCAACUACGGGGAUUGCCCGAUCAGUAUCACCCGGUCAGGGGCUGCGCAAUGUUGUGUAUUCACCUACUGCAGCUAGCGAAGUGCGGUCUUCAACCUCUGGUCGGUCAGACGUGUCUUCCUGGUCUUCACCGGUACAACCUUCGGCUACAUCAGAGCAACCUAGUGCUCAGGUGGCUGCAGGAGCAACAGAAAAGAGAAGCCAGCAACAAGCACAAGUGGUUCAGGUGACACCUCGCGUGAGUCUGUCUGCCUCGCCCGGCACAAAGGUUUUCACGACUACGCAGGGUGGAAAAGUCACGUUCCACGUGACGACCAAUGCGGGUCUACUUACAGGGGUGCCUCAGUCUCAAGUUCCAGAAACUCUGCCACUUCAGACCAAAAAGCCCAUGCCACCGGGCAGAGGCAUUCCUCCGCCUGUCCCACCUAAUAAGCCUGUCGUACCCCCCAAGAAAGAGACUGUUUCCGUGGCGGCCCGUCGGCCCGAACCCUCCUCGUCGGCUGCCGACAGUCUUCCGGCAGAGAGCAAGAUUCAGAAGGUGAUGUCUGGAGGUGCUCAAGGACUGAAGUUUGGUAUCUCCGUAACUAAGGACAAAAUCGCUACUCAGGGUGUGGAACUGGUGGAUGGUAGGAGGGACCCUCAGGUGGGUGCUGGGUCCCAGUCCUCUUCACCUGCCUGUGUCUCUUCCACUCAUGUAGAAGCUGCCAGUAAUGCAUCUGCCCCUACAGGCUUGCAUGAGUCACCUCCUGCCACUUCAACCGAUCACGGGUUUGAAAUGCUCGAUCCAGAGCUGGCCGAUUUCCAACAGAUAUUAAUUAGCAUGGCUGCAGGUACCACUGACAUAGCCGCACCACUUUUUCAGACACUUUCUGCUCAAGCUGCCAAUGUUGUAGAACCAGCCAUGACCACUGACACGACAAUAUAUUGUAAUGUAAACAAAAUUGAUGUAGCACAGUCUGUAAUAGAGACGUUCCCCACAGCACAGCCUGAAGUGCCAGACAGUGGGUCCUUACUCUUUCACCCUUGUAGACACAGAACACCGGAAAAGACGACCGCCGAAGUGAUAAAGUAAGACUUUGAGGUCAGAAGGGAUCUUGGCUCUUGUACACCACAAACUGCAGAAAUUCCUGUUGAUAUUUGAAGAAAUUAUGUAAUUCAAGUAUAAGAUGUGCACCACUUACGAAGAUAACAGUGCCGUGAUGCAGAUAUAGUAGUGCACAUUUUUACUUUAACUGACACGCUACUAAAAUUACGGAAGUACCUGUUUCACCCGAGAUAUUUGGUUUUGGAAUAUUUUUAGAUAAUGAAAGUAAAUAGGGUUGUCGAACAGACGGUGUUCUAUUUUGUGUGUUUAUUACUAACCCAAGAGAAUUAUGUGUGUGCAGAGCGGGAUGCGACGGAAGAAGAAUUUUCUUGUCUCUCGUAUCCAUCGGGGAACUUCUCAAUGUAUCAGUGAAAAUUAUGCCCUCUGUUCAAGUUGAAACUUGUAGCUAAGACUGAGGGAGUUCACAGAUGCGAUGAAUCCUGUCAGUCUCGGAGAACGGAGAGAUGCCGUGACCCCUUAAUACAGGCACAGGCACUGGAUAAAGCUUCAGGCAUCAAUAAUUUGGCUUGGAGAUGAAUACAAAGUUGAAGAAUGGUUAACUUGAUAAUGAAAGGAAAGCGUGUACCAAAAUACCCGUUAUGUGUGCGGACGAGAAAGAAUGAUUCGCGGAUAUUGUCGGAACGUAAUGACCCACGGAUGCCAUUAGUAGAAGACGUGAGAUUCAUGCGCAGACGCAAAAGAACAAUUGAGAAUCUCAUUUCUUAUCUGAUUUUUAACAUCAGAUGCGGUGAAAAGAGAAAAUUAUUUGGGCAUGAAAGAGACCGUAUGAAGAUUUCGGACAAUGAAGCUCUUCGGCAGAUAGUAGAAAUCAAGCCAGCGACGAAGCCCUCUGUCAGACUCUAAGGAAACCAAAUUCAUUACGCUGUGCUCAACGUAAGAAGUCGAAGUGAUAUGGAAGCGCAGUCAUUGGUAAAACUUUGCAGGUAAUCUGUUUAUUGCGAUGAAAGUAUAUCGACAAAUUUCUACAACGUUACUUCUCUUUUGUUUUCUGUGUCAGGUCUGAUUGUAAUUUAAAUAUCUGUCACUAUCUCGACCUUGAAAUUUUCAAUGUUACUUUGCUUUCACCCGUGGAGUUGUCAAGAAUUCCGAGUUCUCACAGGUUUUCUCAGAUUCUUGACAACUUAAAGAGGGUGGCAUGUUCUCGCUGAGUUAGUUCCAAAUACGUCAUUUGAUUUGUCUUCGUAGCUCUACCUGAUUUAUAGCUCAUAAUCUUUCUGUCAUAAUUGUUUUGAGUCUCAUGACAGAAGUGCGUGAUAUUCCAUUGUAGAAGCAAAGAUAACCACUCAAGUGUGAGAGUUAACGCUUAAAAUAAUGCUACAAUUUUUUUUUGUGAUAAAUACAGUUACUCAUGAACUGUAAUCUUUAGUCAACAGAUUCAAAAUGGCGCCCCUUCUGCAGGAUUAUAAAAAGUCACGAGUUUCCUUUUCUUUUUUUUCUUUUUUUCAAGUGAUUGCUUUGAACCAAGAAAUGAUAAGACGUUAAUGGAAAACGGAAGAUAUACAAGAUAAUUAGUGAAGUGGUACCAAAAUAAUUUUACUGACCGCAGGACUUCGGUAGCAUUUUCUGAUGGAAACUCUACCCAGUGGUCAGAGGGAACUGACGAGAAUUCAAUUUGAAGUUUAAAAUGCCUUAUCCUGCAGAGGGAACGAGAUAUUACUGGCUGUUCGUUUUGAUAGUAAGCGUUUGGCCACGUGUGGCCUGCGGGUCGUGUACUAUAUAUUAUUUAAUUGUAUUAUUAUGAAUUUUUGCAUGUGUAGCAAAUUCAAUUUUCAGCAAGAAAAAUUUUAAGACUUAGAGAUGUUUGCUUCAGUAUUUACUGUGUACAAUAAAUGCAAUUUUUUUAAAAAAAACUUAAAAUUUGCUUAAAUACUGUAGCACACUUUUUAUUGAGUUUAAGGAAAGUACAUUAACAUUUUGCGGAAGUGAUAAAAGAUGCUUUUCUUUAUUGUUAGACCAUUGCAGUCGCUGUUAUUGCUUGUGUGCGUACUGUUGAGCUUACGUAUUACGUAAAAUAUGUUCGUGCUUAAUUCUGUUUUUGUAAUUUUCAGUACCUGGAAUAUUUAUAUAUUUGUGAGCAGAAAAGUCUGGCCACUUAAGUGAGUUGUUUCCACAAAAGGAAAGCAGAAUUUAAAUUUGUUCUGAGAAGUUAAUUCAUCUUUCUUGAUGUAUGAGGAAUGGAGGGCAUUUUUACUUAAACAGCUGCGUCUCAUUCGCGCGAUCAUGUCGGAAGCUGGAUAAUAGUGUGACAAAUGAUGUAGUAUUUUGGAAAAAGAAAUUAAGUAUUAUGUAUCUUUUAGUAUAAAGUAACUGGAGAUGUUUGGAUUCUGAGCCAAAUAGUCCAUCCUCCCUCCCGAUAAUUAUGCAAGGUCUAUUUUAAUAUUAUCAUCCCAACUAUUCCUAGGUCUUCCAAGUGGUCUUUUCCAUUUCCAAAGACAAUCUCGUGCACGAGCACGAACGUUAUUAUAUCGCUCUUUGAUCUUAUAAGCUUGUGUGUUGUGUUGACGGAAUCUCAUUCGUUUUUAUGUGUACUUUUGAGUAAUUCGUGUCCUUCAUUCCGAGUAGCAUCAAUAUGCUGCCCAAAAUAAGUAUGUUUAACAAUUUGGAAUUUAGUCUUCCAAGUUCUGUAUGUAGCACGGAGGAAAGUCGGUUGUUACGACGAGAUGUCGGCUGUCAUUUAGCGUUUUGAAUCGUGUCCUCCGACUUAUAAUGUACUCGUUAAGACUAAGAAUGUUUGUCGUGUCUCGGAAGAUUUGUAUGAAGAAUUCCAAUAUGAUGUGUGUAGAAUGUAGUAAAUAUCCAACAGAGUUAAUUGUUUGUAAUUUAGUCUCUUUUUUAUUACUGUGAGUUACGUUAAUUGUAAAGUUUUAUCUUUUUCUCAAAACGAGUAUUACGUAAAUUCAAUUACUAUGCUGAAACUUACUAAUGUAAAUUUUGUAUGUCUGCCAUCAUUAACGGUACGUGCUCUUCUUACGGUGCCAAAUUAUUUUCGAUACAUCGAGCAAGUAGUGCUGAUGGUGGCGCGCAUACGGCGUAUGUAGUAACUAUCUUUGAACUUAACUGUUGGCAACUUGAGCGUUAGUGCAUUCAAAGUGUACAAUAAGUGUGAAAACACUUGCAGUCAGUGAGCGGGAAGUUAAAAUAGUAUUGUAUAAUAAAACCUUAACUUAUGUAAUUAAAUAUGAGAAGUUGAAUCAGGACUAUUUAAGCGUCUGGCGGCAAUUUGGUAUUUGUUGCGCAGCGCCAAUCCUUGCAGCUGUUUAAUGAGCAGAACUAAAGUAAUUAUUACUGUAGACUGAAGGUGUGUAAAUAAAUCUUACUCUGAUACAAUAAAGUCAUCGGAAAAGUUUUCCGAAGCAAA